GGCCACACCGAUUGCAAUCGUCUGCGUUGUUGACGUUACCAUUUUUAUUUUUAGGUUAGUUUUUAAAUAUAAACUUUUAGAAAAUGAAUAAGUCUAAUUUAACUAAUUUAGAUGUUGAUAAAUUGUUUGAAGAGAGUAGUGUUGAUAAUAUUAUUGAAAUUGAGAGGCUGUUGGACGCGGAAAUCGAAAAGAAACGAAAUGAUCUUCGUUCAAUGGUUGGAGAUCGCUACAAAGACAUUCUGGCCGCGUCUGAUGCCAUAAAAUCAAUGCAAACAAUGUCGGAGAAGAUUGUUUCAAAUAUAGAAGAGAUUACACAAACUUGUGGAUCACUUAUAGAAGCUCCUGAUUCUUUACUUUGUGUAACUUCCUCAAAUAUAAAAGAUGAAUCAACAAAAAAAGAACAACGUAUAUUGCUUAGUCAAUUAAGAUUAGCAUUUUUUCUAAAUGAAGAAAUUUGGAUUACCUUGGAUAAAGGAAAUAGUUUAGAAGCUACACAGUUCUAUCUUUUAGCACAACAUGUUAUUAUGGGUAUAAAUUUAAGCAAAAAAGAAUAUUUACAAAGACUGCCUUUAUUUGAACAUUUAAAGUUAAAUUUAUCAGCUCUUAGAAUAAUAAUAUUUCAGAAAAUUACUGAAAAGUUAGAAUCAGUGGAAAUAACAACUAAGGAAACUUGUCAAAAUUUAAAUGCAUUAAUGUUAUUAGAAAAUCAAUCAAAUGAGCAGCUUUUAAAUGUAUUUAUAGAACAUCGGAAAACAGCAUUACAAACUCUGAUAAACUCUCAGUUUUCCAAUGUUAGAAAGCAGAUUGCCGCUAUGGUUAGAUGUCUAAUUACUACUAUUCAACUGCUUCAUGACUGUUUUAUAAAUAUACAAAAUAAAGAUGGACUGUUGUUGGGUGAAUUAAAUAAUAUUGUUGGAGAAAAUUCCGCAUCAACUCUUAGUAAACUAGAACUACCUGUUACCCCAUUAAUUUCUUACAUUCCCAAUAUUACCAGAGAAUUCACACCAACAUUAAACCUGCCAUUAAGAUCAGAUAGCAAACUUAUAAAUAAGAAAACAGUUGAUAAUUGGAUUAAAUCAACUAAAGAAAGUAUUGAAAUUGGUUUAAAUUCAUCUUUACAACAUGUAACAACAAUUAAAGGUUUAUAUUUAAUUAGAGAAGAAGCUUUAAAAAUUGAACUCCCUACUGCGUGGAGUAAAAUAUGUGAUGAUCUAAAUUUACCUGAUUAUUUUGAUAUUUGGUACAAUUUUUUUCAACACAUUGUAACUCAGAGAGCUGAAGUAUUAUUAUCUAAAAUAGUAGAAAAUAAUAUUUAUGGUAUGAAGAAAAGCAUAGAAGAGACACUGAAAAAUAUCACACAAAGUGGUAAAUCAGAGUUAGAUUUAAGGUCGUAUGUUUGGCAUGAUGAUAGUUCUGAUAUUGGUAAAAUUGGUGAUGAAAAUAGAGUAUUAAAAAUGAAAACAAAAGGAUUUUCACCAGAAAUUAUAAACCUAUGUGAAAAAAUUGACAAAAUGUAUCUAGAAUUACUUGAAGACGUUUCACAGUAUUUAUAUGGCGUGGAAUUGAAGGAUCUGUCAAGCAUACCAUACUUAAUAAACGAUUUCAAGUUUAAAAGAAAAUAUUCUGACAAAGAGAAAUUGGAAAAUCACUUAAGAAUUGAAUGUACAAAGACAACAACUGAUAUUUCAAGAUUUGUUGAAGAAUGUCUUUCAAGUGAGACAAAUGAAAAUUUAGUAACAAAAUCAAUAUUUGCUGCUAGAUUUUUACAGGCAUGUUGUAGCCUGUGUAGUAAUUUUAAAAAAUGUUGUGAAUAUAAUAAUGUAGCUACAGAUUGGGUAAAAGUCUGUGAUAAUUUUACAAAAACCAGUCAUAAGUUAUGGAUAAACUGGAUUAACAUUUGUGUAAAAGAAAGUGAAACUUUAAUAAAAUUAUUAAAUAAUACUAGUCCAAGGAGUAUGAUUGAAAAUUUAUCAAGAUGGGAUGAUAUAGAAAUUCAAGAACAAACAGAAGAAAAAGUGUUCAAAUCACAAAUCAAAAUUCCUCUAAAACCAAGUGUACCUUUAACCAAUGUUUUGGUAAAACUUAAUAAAGACUUGAGUAAAGUUUUAUCUCAUACUUUACCAAAACCAGCACAUGUACAAUUCAUUGAAACUCAUGUUGCAUUGAUAUUGAAGGAAUAUGAGCAAAUUUCGUUACUAAACCUCAACCAAGUUCAAGCCUUACAGUCCUUGUUAGAUGUAAGGUUUCUUGCCACACUCUGCAUUCCAAGGGAAAAUACUGAACUUGUCACUUUCGGCCAAAAUAUCUGUGAUACAUUGAGAAGUAAAAUAGAUCCAUUUGAUUUAGAUGUAUUUUAUUCACAUUUGCAAAAUAAUAUCAAGAAAUCUAUUAUUCAAUCACAGACUUUAUUUGGAUGUCUUCUGCCAUCUAGCAGCCAGCUAAUUAACCUUGGCGCCUAUACCAAAGGUAAAGAAUCGGAAGUAAGUCCGUCAUUAAUGGCCUUAAGCACGCCAUCUACAAGCACCUGGUUCCCAUUGCUGCCCAUUACAGUGCCAUCCCAAAAAUUGCCAGAAAGUUUAACAUCUAAACCCAGUCCUAAGGAAAAAGACUCAAAACAAAAAAAGUCAACACCAAAAAGAUCGCAAGAUGCCACAUCCGUUGUGCGUCAAGGAGCAGCUUCCUUAUUUGGUAAUUUAACUACAGAUUGGUUUUCGUAACACCUACUGUAUAUAUCUGUUACUGGUUAUAUUUUUUGAAUUGUCUAUAUCCCUUUAAGAAUGACGUAUAUUUGUAAAUAUAAUGUUUAUUAAAUAAUUAAGUGUACAAAGUUUUAUACAUUGUACAGGUCAGUAUUUAUU